UCUCUCAUCUCUCACACUAUAAAGCCGAUCUAAUAGAUAGACGAGGACCGGCCAGAAAUCGCUUCACCAAUCACAAAUCUUUCUUCUUCCAAUUUUCCUCUCCACACAAAAAAAGUUCAAUCUCCUCCGAUAAUGGAAGGAACCGGCGUUGUUGCGGUGUACGGUAACGGUGCUAUAACGGAGGCCAAGAAAUCUCCCUUCUCCGUGAAGGUCGGUUUGGCUCAGAUGCUCCGUGGUGGUGUUAUCAUGGAUGUCGUCAACGCCGAGCAAGCUCGUAUCGCCGAGGAGGCUGGUGCUUGCGCCGUCAUGGCUUUGGAGCGCGUUCCCGCUGACAUUCGCGCUCAAGGAGGCGUUGCUCGGAUGAGCGAUCCUCAGAUGAUUAAAGAUAUCAAGCAGGCCGUUACGAUUCCCGUGAUGGCCAAGGCUAGGAUUGGUCAUUUCGUUGAGGCUCAGAUCCUUGAAGCUAUCGGAAUCGAUUACAUCGACGAGAGCGAGGUUUUGACUCUCGCCGAUGAAGAUCAUCACAUCAACAAGCAUAAUUUCCGGAUCCCUUUUGUUUGCGGUUGUAGGAAUCUCGGCGAGGCUUUGAGGAGGAUCCGCGAAGGUGCCGCCAUGAUCAGGACCAAAGGUGAAGCUGGCACCGGCAACAUUAUUGAAGCCGUGAGGCAUGUGAGGUCUGUUAUGGGCGACAUUAGGGUUUUGCGGAACAUGGAUGACGAUGAGGUUUUCACCUUCGCUAAGAAAUUAGCCGCUCCUUACGAUCUCGUGAUGCAGACCAAACAGCUUGGCCGUCUUCCCGUUGUUCAAUUCGCCGCCGGUGGUGUCGCUACCCCGGCUGAUGCUGCUCUCAUGAUGCAGCUCGGAUGCGACGGCGUCUUUGUUGGUUCUGGAAUCUUCAAGAGCGGUGACCCAGCGCGUCGUGCACGUGCAAUUGUUCAGGCCGUGACUCAUUACAGUGACCCUGAGAUGCUUGUGGAGGUCAGUUGUGGCCUUGGAGAAGCUAUGGUUGGGAUCAAUCUCAACGAUGAGAAGGUUGAGAGGUUCGCUAAUCGCUCCGAGUGAUUCAAGAACCACACAAAAACAAAAACAAAGGUAAAAAUUCAGACGAAAUGGUUUCAGAAUGUUUCCGAGGCCAUUUUGCAGUACUCUCUUUGAAAAGAAGAAGAUGAUACUGUUGGUAGUUUGUAUCCUUUGUGUUUCCUUUUAUCUUUGAUAGCGUUUUGUUAUUGUAAUCUCGUAAUCCAUUUGCAAGAACAAGUUUGUCUGUUAUAAUAAUUUACUACUCUCUUGAUCAGUUCAUUUUUGGAAAUGAUAUAUUCUUGGAUCCA